CCUUCACCUCAUUUCCAACCAUAACCUUUACUGUUAUAGUUCAUCCAAAAGUCUUGACAACAGGGUCAUGCACAAUAUUAACAGCUUAAAUAUUGUAGAAUUCAAACAGUAUAUAUAAUUGCAAGGGAGCUGCCCUUACAGUCUUAGGCUUUUAGCUCCAGCUAUGGCCACCAUGCACGCAGCUCUGGCUUCUUCAAGAAUCCCAGCUAAUUCAAGACUUCCCUCUAAGAGCUCUUACUAUUUCCCUACUCAAUGCCUUUCCAAGAGACUAGCAUUCGCAGAGCUCUCUGGGCUUCGAUCAGCUGGAUGUGUGACGUAUGCAGUCAAUGCUAAGGCCGCAGGAUCAACCCCGUCCAGGUUAAAGCCAGUGGCAAAAUUGAAGGUGGCAAUCAAUGGUUUUGGUCGCAUAGGAAGGAACUUUCUCAGGUGCUGGCAUGGUCGGGAGAACUCACCAUUAGAAGUUAUUGUGGUUAAUGACAGUGGUGGUGUCAAGAAUGCAUCUCACCUGCUGAAGUAUGAUUCCAUGCUUGGUACUUUCAAGGCAGAUGUGAAAAUAGUGGACAAUGAGACUAUCAGCGUCGAUGGUAAGCUCGUCAAAGUUGUCUCUAACAGGGACCCUCUAAAGCUGCCUUGGGCUGAAAUGGGCAUUGACAUUGUUAUUGAGGGAACGGGUGUGUUUGUGGACGGUCCUGGGGCUGGGAAACACAUCCAAGCUGGUGCCAAGAAAGUUAUUAUCACCGCUCCCGCAAAAGGUGCUGACAUUCCCACCUAUGUUGUUGGAGUAAAUGAAGGAGACUACGACCAUGAGGUUUCUAACAUUGUAAGCAACGCUUCUUGCACCACAAACUGUUUAGCUCCUUUUGUGAAAGUCAUGGAUGAAGAAUUAGGUAUUGUCAAGGGAACAAUGACAACCACUCACUCCUAUACUGGUGACCAGAGACUCUUAGAUGCUUCACACAGGGACUUGAGGAGAGCCAGAGCUGCAGCACUUAACAUUGUCCCAACUAGCACUGGUGCAGCCAAGGCUGUGUCUCUAGUGCUACCACAGCUCAAGGGAAAGCUCAAUGGUAUUGCUCUUCGGGUGCCCACACCAAAUGUGUCCGUAGUUGACCUUGUUGUGAAUAUCGAGAAAAAAGGAAUAACUGCUGAAGACGUCAAUGCAGCCUUUAGAAAGGCAGCUGAAGGGCCAUUGAAAGGCAUACUGGCCGUUUGUGAUGUCCCUCUUGUGUCGGUAGAUUUCAGGUGCAGUGAUGUUUCUUCGACCAUUGAUUCAUCUUUGACAAUGGUCAUGGGAGAUGACAUGGUCAAGGUGGUGGCUUGGUACGACAAUGAGUGGGGAUACAGCCAAAGAGUUGUUGAUUUGGCGCAUUUGGUAGCGAGCAAGUGGCCAGGCAUGCCUGCACAAGGAAGCGGAGACCCACUGGAAGAUUUUUGCAAGACAAACCCUUCUACGGAGGAGUGCAAGGUUUAUGAAGCUUAAUUAGUUUCCUUUUUCCCCCCCUUCAAUUGGCUUGUUCAAAAUAGUUUCCUUUGGAGUCCCGGGGCCUUUCCUUAAGAUUGUACAGAGAAGGGAACAGAAUCAUCAAAUUGAUGUCCAAAAUAGUCCUUCAACUCUUCCUUAUUUUCCCAGCAACAAACUCCUGCCAGUUGGAGAACUAUUUUGUUUACCCUCACCUUUGGUGAAAUAUAUUGUGGAUCUUGAUAAUUUUCAAA